AUGGCUACGGCCGACCCGGCCCUCUCGGCCCUCCCGCACUGCGAGCGCGACGCCGACACCAUCGACGCCGCCCUGCACCGCAUCGCUCAACUCAAGUCCCACCACCGCGUAAAGCACCUCGGCACCAAAGGCCGCCGCCACCAGCAUGGCCCCAACUUUGAGCUCAUCGGAGACAAACUCUCGCUCGACCACGACAAGGACGAGGUCGACGACUCGUUCUUCACCCUCGACCGCGACGACUCGCACAAGGUGCGCCUCAAGAUCGCCAACGUGCCCAGACGCGCCGGCACUCGCAUCAAGCGCACCCUGCGCGGCAAGCCUCGCAAGGGCGCACCGGGCAUCGUCAUCGAGGAGGCCGACGACGACGCCGCUUUCGACCUCGACGACGGCGACGACGGCCGCACGACGGCGCCCUCGACCGCUCCUUCGUCCCUCAACGGCGACCUUAAGCCUCGCCUCACGCCGACGUCGUCGUCUCAAGACUCGCUCGUCAGCCUCGAGCUGCCCACCUUCGCCCCACUCGUCCCCUCGUCCUCCUCCUCGACUCGCCCGCCCGCCCUCUCUCAGCCCUCGUUCUCGACCUUGACGGCCCUCCGCACCGUCACCUCGACCGCGUCCUCAUCCCCUCCCGCCUCGACCUUCACGCCCGACCCGCCCUCACGCCGGCUCACCAUCGACGACAACAUCGCUCCCGUCAUCCGCCGCGACACGUUCGCGAGCCUGCACCACGCCGCGAGCAAGCGCGGCCUGCACCUUCCAGGUCGGCCUCACUUUGCGCGGCGGCACCACAAGGGCGCGGCGACAUCGGCGGCGGCGGCGGCGGCGAGUGCGACGGCCGAGGCGCUCGGACUCGACGAGCAGGUCGCGCAGGCGCUCAAGGACGCAGGCGUCCUCGUCGCCGAGGAGGACCGGGUCGUCGUCGACGUCCUGUACGAGCAUCAACGAGGACUCGUCGUCUUUGGCCUGCCCAAGUUCUCGAGCAACCUCCUGUUCCAGGUCGACCCGCCACAGUGGUGCGACAACGACCUCAAACCGAGCGCGUUCACACCGCACACGUACCCGCUUCCGCCUUACUGGGUGUGGCGCGACAGCGAGUUCAUGGUCGACAUGGGCGGCGACAAGGACGAAGAAGGCUGGUCCUACGCCCUGCGCUUCCGCUCUCGGUUCUGGCGCGGCGAGGCCUACACGAUGCGGUCGUUCGUCCGCCGCCGUCGGUGGAUCCGCACCCGGGUCUACCGCCCUCAGCACCUUCCGCUCCUCGCGGCCGCCCAGUCGCAGCAGAACGCCCUCGACAGCAUGGGCCCACCUCCACCUCCCGCCUACGACCCGUCCGACACGCGCACCAUCGCCGACCUGCACACGGCGUGCGCCGCGCUCCCGCUCCCGGCCGCCGAGCGCGCCGCCCUCCUCACCGAGUCGGCCUCGCCCCUCUCGUACUUGACCAACGUCGUCCCGCCGUCCAACCCGUUCCUGUCGUACCGCGCCCUCAAGGUCCAAGCCGCGUCGUCCGGCGCGCUGCCGGUGACCGAGCGCGCGAGCGCCCACGAGCCGCGCUGGCGCGACGCCGUGCGCGAGCUCAACUGGCGCCGCGCGACGGGCGUCGUCAGGGCGCACGCCAAGAUUGACCGUCAGCGCCUCGAGCUGUGGAGGCUGUGGCUCGGCGCGCGCUCGACGGCGCCGUCGGCGAGCGAGGGCGAGCGACGAGGGAGGGGCUCGAGCGCGGGCGAGGGAGGGCGAGGGGUCGGGACGGGUGCCGGUGCGGGUGCGCGUGAGGCGGUGAGGAUGGAGGCUGCCGAGGGUGCGGCCAAGGGCGCGGGAGAGGCGGGCAAGAAGGCGAUCAGCGCGGCGGCCGGCGUCGCCGAGGAGAAGGAGCGCACAGAGGUGUGGGAGGACGUCGACGCGCACGACGGCGGCAGCAGGCCCGACGUGCAGGACGUGUGGGACGUCAUCGAGGGCCGACUCGACGACAUCCUCGCCUCGUUCGACUACCACUACACCCGCAUCCUCUUCCUCGAGCUCCUCCUCUCGCUGCACCCGACGCACGACGCCUCGCACCGCUCCGCCGGGUACGACGUGCCGGACGGCGCGCCGCAGCGGCUCGAGCGCGGGCUCGUCGACCGCCUCGCCUUCUUCGACGGCGUCAAGGACCUCGUCGCGCACUAUGGUGCGCAGGGUGGGUGGCUCGGGGCCAAGGUCGAGACGCUCGAGGGCGGGACGUCGGCGGGCGGCAAGGACAAGGAGCGAGAGACGACGACGGGCAAGGCCAAGGGGAAGAGGCGGGCCUGA